CACAUAUUUCCUUCCUCCCAUUGUUUAUCCCUUAAAGUUGGACUGGGAGAGAGAGAGAGAGAGUGAGAGUCUGAAGUAGUUCUCCAGAAACCAUUCUUGCAACGAAAAGCUUCAAAGAGUUAGUGGCUGGAUUUUGUUGAUAAAGGCUCACUGUUUCAAAACGAAUCUCGUCUUUAAAUUUGUUUUCGGGUACAAUAUGGAUUACGUUAAUGCACCUGGGAGGAACCAUCUCUUUGUUCCUGGACCUGUCAAUAUUCCAGAAUCAGUCCUCCGUGCCAUGAGCAGAAACAAUGAAGAUUACCGUUCCCCUGCAAUUCCUGCUAUGACUAAAACUCUUCUUGAAGAUGUUAAGAAGAUUUUCAAGUCAACUUCUGGAACCCCAUUUUUGAUCCCCACAACAGGUACUGGUGCUUGGGAAAGUGCACUUACAAAUACUUUGUCUCCUGGUGACCGAACAAUUUCUUUCCUCAUCGGGCAAUUCAGUCUUCUAUGGAUUGAUCAGCAGCAACGCCUUGGAUUCAAUGUUGAUGUUGUAGAGAGUGAGUGGGGCCGUGGUGCUGAUCUUGAAGUCCUAGCAUCCAAGUUAGCUGAAGACACUGCUCAUACCAUCAAAGCUGUUUGCAUGGUUCAUAAUGAAACUGCAACUGGAGUUACUAAUAAUUUGGCUGCUGUAAGGAAAUUACUUGAUCACUACAACCAUCCUGCAUUGUUUCUCGUGGAUGGAGUGUCUUCCAUAUGUGCUCUUGAUUUCCGUAUGGAUGAAUGGGGAAUCGAUGUAGCUUUAACUGGUUCACAAAAAGCUCUUUCUCUACCUACUGGGAUGGGUAUUGUGUGUGCAAGCCCUAAAGCACUGGAAGCAUCCAAGACUGCCAAAUCAGUGAGAGUGUUCUUUGACUGGAAAGACUACUUGAAGUUCUACAAAAUGGGAACUUAUUGGCCGUACACUCCUUCAAUCCAGCUUUUAUACGGCCUCAGAGCUGCCCUUGAUCUCCUAUUUGAGGAAGGACUUGACAAUGUCAUUGCUAGGCACAGCCGCUUGGCCAAAGCAACUAGGCUUGCUGUUGAAGCCUGGGGUUUGAAAAACUGCACACAGAAAGAGGAGUGGUUGAGCGACACUGUGACUGCAGUUGUUGUUCCACCUUACAUUGACAGUGCUGAAAUAGUUAGAAGGGGAUGGCAGAGAUACAAUCUAAGCUUAGGUCUGGGUUUGAAUAAAGUGGCUGGAAAAGUUUUCAGGAUAGGUCAUCUUGGGAACCUGAAUGAGCUCCAACUUCUGGGUUGUUUAGCUGGAGUGGAGAUGAUUCUGAAAGAUGUGGGAUACCCAGUUAAGCUAGGAAGUGGAGUGGCUGCGGCUUGUGCGUUUUUCCAGAACACCAUUCCGAUGAUUGAAUCUAGGAUUUAAUGAAUCAUUCAUUAUCCAUGUGUAACUACUGUUCUCCCUCUUCUGAUUUGCUUGGAGUACUUGUAUAAAAGAAGACAUGAUAAUCUCCUGUAUUCGCACUCUUUUGAGGCUUACUUAGUAGUACAAGAACUCAUUACUCUUUCAUCCAUUAAUCCUGUAUUUAAAAUAUCUUUAAAUUUAAUCUCAUCACUGUUGCAUAUA